CGUUGCCCGGAAAGCUAGUUUUAGACAACUGGCUAGCUGCAGAGCCAUGUCUUUCUCUAUAACUCUGGCUAGCCUUAGCCAGGGCGGAGAAUAACCUAUAUAUAUAUGUCAAUGAGAAUAACAGCGAAUCGUAGAUUUGCUAGCUACUGUAACGUUAUUUACAAAAUUAGCUUUCCAAUCCAGUGUGUAAUAAGCAAGUGGAGGGAAAUUCACCAAAACUGGCAGAGUAGAGAUGGAAGGAGAUGACAGCAAUUUUCCUCCAGAUUCAUCGGAUGAUCACUCGCAAAGAGGAAGCGUUGCUUCUUCCGCAACACUUUCCCGUGCUCAAGAUGUGCUUAUAUACCUCUGUGGUGACAGCGCAGUGCACUUAUCAGUAGAAGGGCUUGGCAGUGUCUCUGUGCAGGAGUUGGGCCGCAGUGUUCGUGAGGCUCUCCAUAUUCCUGAGUCUGCACAGGAUGCUUUUGCCUUCUGGCUUUCUUCUCCACUGCUCGAAUUGCAGUUAAAGCUAAGGCAUCAACCAUACAAACUGUGUAGGCAGUGGCAGGACUUGCUCUAUCGCUUCACUGAGGCCUCAGAGGAAGACAUCUCACAAGAUGAACCAUGUCUCCAGUACCGUCGGAACGUGUUUUAUCCUAAAGCGAAAGAGCUGCAGAUAGAUGAUGAGGGAGUGCUGAGGCUCCUGUAUGAGGAGGCCAGGGACAGAGUUCUCACUGGUCGAUACCCCUGCGACCCCGAGCACUGGACGGCUCUCGGAGCCUUGUCUCUUGCUCUUGAUGAGGGAACUGCUUUGGACGGGCAACAAUUUACUACUACUGUGAGAGAGAAGAAGCUGUCUUCGUUUCUGCCGGUACAUGUUGUCAUGGGGAGUGGAGGUUUGUUCUCCACUCUGAGAGGGAAGUCGAGCCGUCAGACAGGGCUGGAGCAGAACCUCUUGGAGGAAUACAGAAAGAUCAGCACAUUUGCUGGAAACUCUCCGGAGCCCACACAGCUCCUACACCAGUACCUCAACACAUGUCACACUCUGCCUUAUUAUGGGUGCGCCUUCUUUGUUGGGGAGAUUGACAAACCAGCGCAAGGGAUUCUCCAGAGGGCCAAACGCAAAACUGUCAACGUUGGGAUCUGCCUGGAGGGAGUUUAUGUGAUGGAUGUCAAAGAGAAGCAUGUGCUGCUUGGCCUGCAAUUCAAUGAGCUUUCCUGGGACCACAGCUACCCUGAGGAGCAGGGGGACUCGCAUAUUCUGUGGCUCGAGUUUGAUGGAGAUGAAGACGGCACUCCUGUUAACAAGUUGCUAAAGAUCUACUCAAAACAGGCAGAGCUAAUGAGCGGCUUCAUUGAGUUCUGUGUGGAGCUGAAGUCUGCGUCUGAGGGAGGGGCUGCCGCCGAAAUGGACGGUGAGGUGAGUCUGUCUCAGCAGCCUGCUGGGCCAGACGGCAGCAGCAAGAACGGACGCGGAGGACGGCGCGGGGUGCUGCACAGGCAAAGCAGCGUUCUGUGCAAUCGGGUCCAUUCACUUAACACUAUCAGCUACGUGGACAAUGGAAAAGAAAUCAAACGCUUGAAGCCGAAAAGAGCUGCGUCCUUCUUCACCCGCCAGGUGUCUACGUACUCUGCUGUGCAAGUGACGGAGAGUCUGGAGCAGAGUUAAACCCACUGAUCAUGCCUCUAAUAGACCAAACCUGAACAUUUAAAGAAAAGACUUGAAACGAUCUUGAGACAUUCAACUGAUAAUAUAUGAACAUGCAAAGGACCAAGCGAGGGAUCUAAGUGUGAGUGACAAUAUUUAUCUUUUGAAGUUGUGUAUAUUAAGACAGUACAGUAAUGUGAUAAACAAAAUGAUCUAUUAACCCCUAUGUUUUCAAGAUUUCAAUGAAGUGGCUAUUCAUUAGAUAGCCUUACAUAAAAAAAAAAAAGCAUUCUCCGAGCAUCAUCUGAUGGACAUCUUUCAUGAAACAAGCCUUAGAGAAAUCCUCAGACAACCACUCCAAUUGAUGACUGUAUGAUGACCGUUCUGACCUUUCUGCAGCGCUCAGGAGCUGUGUUUACUGGUAUUUACUUAAAAAUGUUAAACCUCAUUAGAGUAGAACCACUGCAUUACCUCUUUUUACCCUUAUUGGCGGGUUGAACAUCAAGAAGAAUACAUCCCCAUAUGACAUUAAACAUUUUGUAAGAGUGACCACAAACCACUCUUUACGGUCAUGACAAACACUUUCAGGGGACGAUCUGAGGGCGUGUUCUCACUAUUCUGCUUUUUCAAACUGCCAGUGCCUUGUUCUCAUCAAAGGGGGAACACACUUUAGAGGAGUACUGGUAGAAACGUUUAGCGGUUGGUGUUAACUGAUCAUAAGGAGUCCGUAUGGGAGCACAUUGUCCGUGUUUUGGAGGUUUCUUGUAAGUACACGCUUUUAAGAGAUACUUAAUAUUUGCUGGUAUUUGGAUAAUGGUGGAAAGAAAGCCCAGGUGGGACAUCGGACAUUGCCGAUGUUUAUUUGUAAAAGCGGGAUAGCGUGAAUGUAGUCUAAACACUUGUAGAAGCUAAAAUGACACAUUCACAGUAUUGGGUUGUCAUUGGGGAGCAUGACUUGAUUUGCACCAAUAAAAGAAUCAAAUUUGAGUCAAAAUCAUUCAAACCACACAUUAAAGGUACACUCUGGUGGAAUUUCUCCCAUCUAGCGGUGAAAUAGUAUUUUGCAUUCAGGCGAAUAGUGCCCUCUAGCACCUCGCUUUUUCAAAUGCGCGUUGCAACUACGGUAGCCGUUAUGUACCAAGAAGCUAUGACAACAUGUCUUCCAAUUUUCGCUUUUUUUUUGGCGACGAGGAUUCCUUCUCCCGUGGCUCGGCAUAAGCAUGAUCCUCCAUUAUGAACUAAAGUGCAGUGCAGGCUUUCAAAUUUGCCGGGACAGUGACAAGCGCCUCUCACUGAUCUCCUUCUCCGUUUCAGCUGGUUUCGGUCCUGUGCCGCUGGCUCUGAACGAAAACACGUUGUGGAUUAGCUAGACGGGUACGCUAGUGCUUUAUGUCCCUCUCAGCAAUUAUAGUUUUUCAAAAUGGCGGAACAACAUGGGAGCCUCCUUGGACUUGCCCGUCCAAUGUAAAUACGGAUAAGAAAUUCUUUGCGUAUGAAGAUAAGUCAGAUCGUUGGCAGAGGUCAUUUUACACCAAUGAGGACAUAUUUAUGAAUGAAGACAUUGAUUUUAGCUAAUAACAUAUUUAAAACACUACACAGUGUACCUUUAAGUUAGUAAAAUGAAGAACAAAACUUAACCUAACAAAGGCUCUCGUUUAGCAAUUAAAGAAACAUUCCUCGCUCUUAUUCUUGUCACUGAAAGGUUAGCAUGUCACAUUCAAGGUCUCACUUCUAAUCGGCACCAUCAGUACAAGCGACAUCCAUGCACAGGUCUUGACUUGACUAUAACUUGUUUGGUCAGACCGGAUUAGCAAAACUGAUGCAAUACUGUACUUCUGUGACUUCUGAGAGACAAAAAAAGAAGAAGAAAGCUUCCUGUUUAGCUGUUAUUAGCACUAGUUUUACAUAUUGGACUCUGAAAUUCAAACUGCAACCUACAUGUCCAAGUUUAGGUUAACCAUUUGAAAUGAUUUUGUCCUUGCCAACAUUGCAACAAUCAUGGUUGACACUGUUUAAAAGAGGAACGGGGAACACCAUCUUUGUAUAAAAAUGUUGGUGCCUGUUUUCAGCAUUUUUUAUGGGCUAUUUAGUUUAAAAGUAGGACGGUUUUCUCAAGCCGUUAAGGAACAUAACUGCUUCAGUUUAUCUGAAAAAUUUAAUAUCACCAAACUGAGGUAUGUUUUCACUGGAGAGGACUAUGUGCUCUGUGCAUAUGGCACAGACUAACUGACCAAGAACUUGUGACUGUGCUGUUGAAAUCUCAAUGUGUACACCAAAGCAAGCCUAUCUAAGUUAAGGUUGCAUACUGUGCUGCAGCACAGUAUGCAACCUUAACGCUCCAGAGACUGACUUCAGGCCCCGUUUACAUGUACAUGGUUAUUUUGAAAAACUGAGACAUUUCCCUUCGUUUGUACCCUUCGUUUACACGCAAACGGAGAAUUCG